AUGUUAACUAAAAGGUUUCUCCACUCUUUUAGAGACGUUGUGGUGGUAGGAGGAGGACCAGCAGGUCUUUCUAUAUUAACAGCUUUGAAGAAUUCUCCCAAGACUUCACACCUUGAAUGCUCAUUGAUUGAAGGAUCUCAUAUUACCAAAAUCAAAGAAUUCGAUGAUCCCAACUAUACCAAUAGAGUUAUAUCUUUAACUACUAAAUCAAUUAAAUUCAUGCAAAAGAUAGGCAAUUGGAAUUAUAUUGAUCAAGAAAGGAUAAAAUUUUAUGACAAUUUGUUUGUAGUAGAUAGUCAGGAUAAAGACGCCAAUAUUAGUUUCACUAAUGAUUCAAUUGACUAUAACCCUAUGGGAGCAAUGUGUGAAAUUUUGAAUGUUCAGAAAUCUUUAUUAUUAAGAUUGGAUGACAUUAAUUCAACAACCGAAAAUAAAGCAGAAAUCAUUGAAAAUGUUAAGGUUGAAGAUAUAGUCAAUCCUCCAUUGAAUGAAGAGUUGGAUUGGCCCAUAAUUAAAUUAUCAAAUGGUGAUACUAUUCAAACAAGACUUUUGAUUGGAGCUGAUGGUUAUAAUUCCCCUGUUAGAAAAUAUGCUGGAAUUGAAUCUAGAGGCUGGCAAUAUGAUAGUUUCGGUAUUGUUUCCACUUUAACUUUGACAACUGAAGAUUUCAAUAAUGUUGGAUAUCAAAGAUUCUUGAGUACCGGACCUUUGGGAGUUUUACCUUUAACAGACAAUAAUGCUACUUUAGUGUGGUCUACCAAAGCUUGGUUGUCAAAGAUAUUGAAACUGGUUGAUGAUGAUAUGUUCAAGGUAUUGGUUAAUGCAGCUUUAAGAUUGGAUGAAGUUGAUUUGAACUAUGUCUAUAAAAAAUUAGAAGUCGACCCUAAAGACACAUCCGUCAUUGAUGAUAUCAAUUGGAGAUUAGAAGAAAUGGAGAAUAAAAAAGAGCCCUCAAGUUUUUGGGAUGAUGAUAAUGAAAUACCAGAAGUUGAAACACUUUUACCUGGAUCUAGAGCCAUGUUUCCUUUGAAGAUGUCUCAUGCUGAUACUUAUGUUGCCCCACGAGUUGCGUUGGUGGGUGAUGCAGCUCACACUAUCCAUCCUUUAGCUGGACAAGGUCUUAAUAUGGGUCAAACUGAUGUCUCGAUUUUGAUCGAAACUAUUGAAAAGGGUAUUGAUAGGGGUUUGGAUAUUGGUUCAACAUUAACUUUAGAACCUUAUGUUUCCAAUGCUUGGCCUAUGAACCAUGCUAUCUUGGGAGUUUGUGAUAAAUUACAUAAACUUUUCGGUAACGACUUUACUCCUAUCGUAGCUAUCAGAGGUUUGGGUAUGAAGGUUUUCAAUAAUUUGACUCCGAUAAAAGAUAUGUUAGUGAAGUCAUUAAGUGUAUAA